CACUUUUGGGAAGCAGUUUGAUAAACACUCACUGUUCUUCAGUUGAUGUCAGUUGCUAUCUGCGAUUCCAGCGAGACGUAUCACGCGUGAUCAGCGAUAAUCCAGCACAAAACUAGCCAGCCACAUAGCCCUGAUCCGAAAAGGUUGGAUGAUAUCGUCGGUUGAACUUUUAAGACAACUAGCUCGUUUUUUUUCAUUUCACACCAGGCAGGUCUGUGACAACUCAACAGCCAAUGGUCUUAUUUUUAAUUGGCUGAAUAUUUGCAACAUAUCACCGAGAGAGCAAGAACUUUUCAACGUCAAUUUGGCAACUUGUCACUAGCGCUAACGUUAGCCAGCUUGUUUUUAGAUUUGCCAAACAGAAAAAUACUCGGCUUAUUUUUAAAUGGAAAGCAACCCACCGUUUUGUUUUUGUCAAAAAGUCGCCUUUUCGCGAAUACAUACAUAGAAAACCGACGACAUUUAGCAACCAGUUUGCCUAUUAAAGAGGGCAAAGGACCUUAGCUGUUAGAAGUGUUAGCGUCAGCUUUGAGCAGCCAGCCAACAGCAAACCUUCACCCUUACCUGAACCAUUUUAACCUGCUAAAUGAUUGGUGCUGCAUUCAGGGCAUUUUACUUUUAAAUAGCACGUUUGGUAUACUCUAGGAGUAACUCUUUAACGUUACCUCUCGGCUUUUUUUUAAUAUAACAACUGACAGAAUAGCAAACCACUAGAGUGUGAGAAGGAGCCCAGUGGUAGGACCCGAGGCAAGUUGUGUACAGCCACGGAAUCCCUCAUCGGAUUGUUAUAUUAUCAGUGUUAUUGUUGAAAAUGGCGGCGAUCGGAAUGGUGCAGAUGUUGAUCGAAGCAGCCGAGUUCCUUGAGCGCAGGGAACGAGAAGCUGAACACGGCUAUGCCUCCAUGCCACCCUUCAUCAGCAGCCAAGAGAGGGAAAGCUUGAAAAGAAAAAGCAAAAGCAAGAAAAACACAAGUAGCAGGUCUACGCACAAUGAAAUGGAAAAGAACAGACGGGCACAUCUACGGCUGUGUUUAGAGCGCUUGAAAUCCCUUGUUCCCCUAGGACCAGAUGCUAACAGGCACACCACCCUCAGCCUGCUGAUGAAGGCCAAAGAACAUAUCAAGAGGUUGGAGGAGAGCGAUAGAAAAGCUCAGCACACAAUGGAGCAGCUACAACGGGAGCGGAGACACUUGAGGAGGCGUCUGGAGCAGCUCGGGGUAGAAAGAACCCGCAUGGACAGCACUGGCUCCACUGAGUCCUCCGACAAGUCAGACUCUGACCAAGAGGACUUGGAUGUGGAUGUGGAGGGAACGGACUACCUAAUGGGUGACCUGGAGUGGAGCACCAGCAGUGUGAGUGACUCAGGGGAUGAGCGAGGCAGCCUGCGCAGCAGCUGCAGCGACGAGGGCUACUCCAGCGCCAGCCUGCUGCGCCUGCAGGACACUCAGGAGAUGGCCAAGCAGCUGGGCUGCAGCCUAUAGACAGACGGCACUGGUCACUGACCCAACUCCCAGCACCUCCCCUCAGCUAAUCCCAUCCCAAGAUUGCCUCACCAUUCCCUUAUCCCGCUCAGACCUCAUUCCCUUCCCUUCCCUUCCCUUCCCUUCCCUUCCCUUCCCUUCCCUUCCCUUCCCUUCCCUUCCCUUCCCUUCUUUUCCCUUUGCUUCCUUCCUUCCUUCCUUCCAGGACUGACCAAGUCCAAGGCCUCUCUCUCCAGCCUGGCCUCUGCAGUCACUGUCUGUCCCCACAACAACUUCCAUCCAGACUGCAACAACCUUCAAGACACCCGCCCACAGCCACUCCAUCAUCAGCGGUCAGUCUCAGUCACCCGCUCUGCUCUGCACCAAUCAAAUGAGUGGGAUUUUAAAGACACUCCACCCCUCCGCCUAUCCGUCCAUCCGUCAGAAACACAACUUUCAGCCAGAGAAUGUUACCACACAAUAUCCCACUGCCUCUUUUUCUAUGCCUCAAGAGCCAUGGGAAGCACUUAUGAGAUUUCACCCUAACUUCACACAUACCUAUACAUACCACUCCAUUGCUCCUAGUUGUCCAGUGACACAGAGUCCUCCCAAAGGUGCGACACUGACAUGAUGUGGGGCUUUUUUUCUGCCCUGCUCACUAGUCAACCAUCUGUGCAUGGUAUUUUGCACUUACUAUUGCUUUUGUAAACAAAACUUUCAUCUUUUUUCAAAUGCUGUCUCUUAAAAACUUAAGGACCCCCACUACAGCUGUUGUUACAAGAUGAUGUGAGUUUAAAAAACAUGCCAGUUGUCUCCCUGUCCUGUGGAGCGCAGCAGAGUUUGGGGACACUAAAAUGAUUGUGUGUGGUGUUGAAACUGUUUGGGCCGACAGCAAUAUAUCCCUUAGUACCCAGGCAUCGGCAAGCUUGUAACUACCCUGCAAUUUUCUGGCCACACCUGCCAUUCAGAGGAAAACACAAAAACGACAAAAAAAAUUGUGCAGCAUGAGAUUGUGAAGGGGCCGGGGAUUGUGGGAGGGUUUUGUGGGUGGGUUUGAUGUUUUCUGCCUCUCUCUGAUGACUGUGCCGUUUUUACAGCAUCCUUUUAUCAUAAAUGUGUGUAUGUCACGUCUGAGCCUGGAGACAACAAGGGGUCACUAGCAGGUUUGGAAACAUUUAACACCAGCCACCAGGCCAAAUGCUGGUAUAUCUUGGCAGGUGCUGGUACAUUUUUGUACACUACUUAAUCACUGCCCCGUUCACCAGGUAUUAAUAGGAAGGGAAGAGCCUAUCUACUGAGAGAAGUUGAAAAAACUGGAGCACAUUCCAUUAUGUAGAGAGGACAGGCAGGUACGAUUGAGAACAUUAUUUUUUGCAAAGUGGAUGUUCCUGCCAAUUAUUUAUGAAGAGAGAGUUCAGUUUGAGACGAGCCGAGUCACCCUGAGUCCAAACGACUGGCUUUGACUUUUCGUUGGGAACACACUGAGUGUCUCUGUGUUCACAUUGAGAAAAGCACCAAAAUGUUAAAAACCACAGAUCUUCUCUCCUUUGCCUUGCCUUCAUAGCUAUUUAUUGUUUCUGCAAAAUGUAAAUAGUUACAGAAAGAUAUC